AUGAACUGGAAAAUGAGGGGGAUUAAAAGUGAAGGCCUCCAGUCGCCACGGCGACAGCAAAAGCCUUUGUGCCCAGCUGGAAAAGACAGGUGCAAAGGCCCCGGACCCCGAGAGCCCGGGAGCCCAGGAGCCCGGGAGGCGGCGGCGGCGGCGGCGGCGGCGGCGGCGGUGGCGGCGCUCGUCUUCUCCGGGCCGCGCCGGGAUGCAGUGACUCAGCCGUCUGAGAUCUGGGCUAGAGCCGCUCAGCCGACCACCGGGCAGCAGCCUUCGGCUUCCGCUUUCCGGCUUUCGCCGCCGAGGUGGCUCCGCCCCUGGCCCGGGCCUUCCCGCCCAGCCUCGGUCCAGGCUCCGGGUCCGAGGGCCUGGGGAGUCGCGCGGCGAUCGAUGGCCAAGAGCAGCUCCCUCAGAUCACCCUUCAGGCCUCAGCUUAAAAGUCACUUCCUCACAAACGACUCUCCCAUCCAGCGGUCUAAAGGAGCAAAAGUACUUUACUUCACUGUUUGGCACACAGAAGAUUUUCGGGGAGUGUCUCGAGGAACUGAAUCAGGUUCCAGGUAUUUAGAACUCACAUAUGCUAUGCAUUUUGUGAUGAAACACCAGUAA